CCUGCAGUGCUGUGAGGAACAUUUUAACAGCAGUGCGCGUUCACAUGGUGUCAUACAUUUGGAGCUGUACGGAUGUGUAUGUGACAGAGCAGCAUGACUUGUAAUUGUCGGGAUGCUGGCUCUUAUGGCGGAGGGUGAAAUGGAGGGCGUGUAAGAGUAAGUGUCCUGCUCAUGCUCAGCUGCUUAAGGUGCGGUGUGAGUGUGGUGGGAUGAGAUGGGUGACGGGCAGCAGGGGGAGGCGGUGGGUGGUGAGUGUCGGCCCCAUGCCCUGUUCGACAGCUUCGUGCAGGCGUCGACGUGCAGGGAGACGCUGCGGGCGUUUCAGGAGCUGUGCAGAGAGCUGAAGCUGCAGCCUGGAGGCAAACCGUUCUUCUACCACACCCUGAGGAACAGACUGCACUACUGGAGGGCCAAAGCUCUGUGGGCCAAGCUGGACAAACGAGCCAGCCAGAAAGAGUACCAGAGGGGACGCGCCUGUACCAACACCACGUGUCUGAUAAUAGGCGCAGGGCCGUGUGGGCUUCGGACGGCUAUCGAGCUGAGCUUCCUGGGUGCGAGGGUGGUGCUGUUGGAGAAGAGAGAUGCUUUCUCCCGAAACAAUGUCCUCCACCUGUGGCCCUUCACCAUUCAGGACCUGCGCGGCCUAGGGGCCAAGAAGUUUUAUGGAAAAUUCUGCGCUGGAGCCAUAGAUCACAUUAGUAUCCGACAACUGCAGCUGAUGCUGCUGAAGGUGGCUCUGCUCCUGGGUGUGGAGGUUCAUGUGAACGUGGAGUUCAGGAGGCUGCGAGAACCUCCGGAGGACCAAGAGAAGCAAAGUGUCGGCUGGAGGGCUGAGGUCCAUCCGACUCCUCACCCAGUGAGUGAGCUGCAGUUUGAUGUGGUUAUCGGAGCAGAUGGCAGGAGGAACACUUUACCAGGGUUUCACAGGAAGGAGUUCCGGGGGAAGCUGGCGAUCGCCAUCACAGCGAAUUUCAUCAACCGCAACACGACAGCAGAGGCCAAAGUGGAGGAGAUCAGCGGUGUGGCCUUCAUUUUUAACCAGAGAUUCUUCCAGGACCUACGCAGCGCCACAGGUAUCGACUUGGAGAACAUCGUCUAUUAUAAGGAUGACACUCAUUACUUCGUCAUGACGGCCAAAAAGCAGAGUCUACUGGAGAAGGGAGUCAUCCUGCGAGAUUAUGCAGACACAGAGAUGUUGCUCUCUCGAGGUAACGUUGACCAGAAUGCACUGCUGGUGUAUGCCCGGCAGGCAGCAGACUUCUCCACCAAUCACCAGCUUCCGACACUGGACUUUGCCAUCAACCACUACGGGCAGCCAGACGUGGCUAUGUUUGACUUCACCUGCAUGUACGCGUCUGAGAAUGCAGCGCUGGUACGCCAGCGUAGGGGGCAUCCUCUGCUGGUCGCGCUGGUGGGAGACAGUCUGCUGGAGCCUUUCUGGCCAAUGGGGACAGGCAUUGCUCGAGGUUUCCUGGCUGCUGUGGAUACGGGGUGGAUGGUUCGCAGUUGGGGAUUGGGUGCUGCCCCUUUAGAGGUGCUGGCUGAGAGAGAGAGUGUGUAUCGGUUGCUUCCUCAGACAACGCCAGAGAAUGUCAGUAAGAAUUACAGCCAGUACAGCCUGGACCCUGCUACACGCUACCCCAACAUCAACACGCAGCUCAUCAGUCCAGCUCAGGUGUGUCACCUAAUAGACUCAGAUGAAGGGCCGAUACUGGGAGCAGACAUGGUCCUCUCUCCAACAUCAAUGCUCACACGGCAAGAUUCCACAGCUCGGUCGAAUAAGCUGCUGAGCUGGUGCCAGGAGCAGACGGAGGGUUACAGGAGUGUGUGUGUGACUGACCUCACCACGUCCUGGAGGAACGGGCUGGCUUUAUGUGCACUUAUACACCGAUACAGACCUGACCUCAUUGAUUACGACUGUCUGGAGGAGAGUGAGGCUGAGGUUAACUGGCAGUUAGGCUUGGACAUAGCCGAACGGGAGUUUGGCGUAUCCCCCAUCAUGACCAUCCAAGAACUGAGCAUGCUGGACGAGAGUGACUCACUCUGCAUGGUGAUGUACCUCAGCCAGCUCCACGACCUCCUUAAAGACACAGCGCCACUCAGUGAGAGUCUUAGUCCAGAGGAGAGAGCUGCUCUGCUCUCUAGCACCAAGUCUCCAAUGUGUUUACUCAACAGACUGGGACAGAGUCUGUCCCGCAAACGCAACCCCAAGGAUAAGAAAGAAAAAGAUGAAGAUGGAGUGGGCAAGAGAAGGAGAACAAGCCAAGCUGGCCUGUCGGAGGACGAGGAGGGUCCGAAAGAUCACCGUGAUGGCCAUGACCAGGCAGUGUCACCUGGCUCAGAGUCCAGGACGGUGACGGUUGCUGGCGGUAACCAGAGCAGAGUCAGGUCGAUGGCGACGCAGUUGUUGGCCAAGUUUGAAGAAAACGCCCCAUCACCUUCGGUCACUGCGAUGCGGAGACAGAGGUACAUUAAGAUGUACACAGGGGGAGUGAGCUCAUUGGCUGAGCAGAUAGCCAAUCAGCUCCACAGACAGCAGGAUGACCUCAAGCCCCUUCUUGACAAGCGGGAGCUGGGCUCUCAGCGGAAGGAGUUCCCGGUGAGCGUGGGUGGCAGCGAUGUGUGUUACUUCUGCAGCCGGCGAGUGUAUGUGAUGGAGAGACUGAGCGCCGAGGGGAAGUUUUUCCACAGGAGCUGCUUCCAGUGUGACCACUGCAACUCCACACUGCGUAUCUCCAACUACACCUAUGACCAGCUCCAAGGGAAGUUCUACUGUAAGCAGCACUACAGCUACAGGCUGGCGGGAUUGGCUCAGAGGAAGAGGCCGGCUCCGACCCCGGCAGUUCGUCCUACUCAGGCACCUCCUCCCACACCUCUGUCUGCCUCCUCCCUUGGAUCAGCAGGCACAGUGACUCCCCCAGACAGCUGGUCCUCCAGCACCCCUCCUGACCUGCAGUCCAGGCUGGCCAAGCGGCUGUGUGGCACGCCGGAGCGCAUUGAGCUGGAGAACUACAGGCCGUGCUUGCAGGAGCAGGGCAGCCCGCUGCAGGAGGUGCCGGAGGAGAUGUUGGCACAGCAUAACCUCAGCCUCAGCCUGCACGAGAAAGGGAGCGAGGAGCAGUCUAGUAGCUCAGAAUCAGAGCUAGAGGAACAGGGGGAGGCGUCCUGGAGGAGGAGUGAGGAGCCAGAGGCCGCGACAAAUGGAAUGAGGGAGUUGAACAGAGGGGUGGAGCAACGGGAGGAGGAAGAAGAGGACGAUGAGGAGGAUCGAGGGGAGGAGGAGGAAGAAGAAGAGGAGGUUUCUGAAGAAGAGGAGAAUGACGAGGAAUCCAGCGAUGAGGGUGAAUAUAGCCCUUGGGAGAGGGAGCGGUUUUCAGGGGUGUGGCUAGAAGAAGAGGAGGCAGGUGUGAUCAAAGAAUCCUCCGAUGAACAUGAAGUAAAAUCCUACUCAGACCGAAAACCUAAAUACUAUGACUUCCAGGAUAUGGAGCCCUGCGCCCUCGACAGAGACCGAUCUCUUCUUUCAGAAAGCACGGGCUUCACGGGCUCUACACAUGCCUUUACACCCACGUCCGACCUGCCUGUGACUCCAGAAGACCCGGUGACCAAGAGGUCAGAGGUUAUAGAGGAGUUCUGGCUGAAGAGUGCUGAGAUCAGGAAGAGUUUGGGGUUGACUCCACUGCCUAGAGAUCUGAAGGAUAUGGAUGGCUGCUCUACCCAAACAUCUAGCACUGGAGACACAUUUUACACCUCUGCUAUACACACACCAUCCCUUUAUACAUCCGCCUCUGACUCCCCCUCGCACACCCCUCACAAAUGUGACACAAGCAACCGAAACACAUGCACACACAACACUGAGACGGCUUCACUGACAGACCCUGAGAGCAGACAUACGCACUCCUUGUCCGGCACACCCUCGUCUGGCCGCUCACGCACCUCCGAAGCAGGGGAGGCGGGGUCCAUGCUGGAGGAGGUAGUAGGCCGCUGUUCGGUGGUCCAUAGACUUAACAUCACUCUGGAGGGUCAAGUGACUGAGGAAGGGAUGGGCCUGGCAUCUAACCCUGCCUCCAGCAGGGCUGAAACCAAUCACAGAGUUUCAGCACCUGCCUCAGGUCUUUUGAAUCCUCCAUGCAGUCCACCUGUAGCCUGCCGCUACCAGCUAGCAGUUGAACUGGCUCGAGAAAGGGAGAUUUUGGUGAGCUCUGAGUUGCAUCCAGGUCUGCUAAAGCAGGAUACGCUUAAAAAAGGCCUGGACAGAGCUCGGAGCCUCCCUCCAGAUGAGGUGGAGGUUUUAUGUGCAGAUGAAGCUCACCCCUGCUAUGCUACGUCAAAUCAAUUGCCACCAAGAGCUAGCAUCAUGGACUGUAACACAUCUAGCUUCCCUAGUAAAACCCCUGUCCCAGAGCAUGCUAGGAAGGACAAGAGUGCACCAGAAGGCAGGAGGACCCUACUGGAGAACCCUGUGCAGGUGGGAGGGGCUGAGGUAUGGCUGCGGAGGCCAGAGGUCAAGCCAGGGGCAGAGGAGAAGGAGAAGAAGCGGAGCUCACUCUUCUCGCCUCUGAAGAGCAGAAGGAGCGGGGAGACGCAGCAGGAAUCUGCCAAGCACAGGUCCCUGUGGAAGAGCGUCUUCUCCGGGUAUAAGAAGGAGAAGAAGAGGAAGGAGGCAGCAGCUCUGGCUGGCACUUUGCCGGCUGCUGCUGACCUGGAGAGCAGGACGAGAAUGGCUGGCCUCAGCAGAACCACAGACUUGCGCUUUAAGAAGAACCUGAGCUUCUCUGAAGACACAGACCUGUCUUGCAAUGCUGUGAUGGAGAGAUCUCCACUCAGAGCUCAGAAAGCAGGAGGCGAGGAGGAGCUGGAUGCCAAGCUGACCCGCAGAGUGCAAAGAGCCGCACGCAGGCAGGCCAAGCAGGAGGAGCUGAGGAGGCUGCACCGUGCCCAGAUAAUCCAGCGGCAGUUGGAGCAGGUGGAAGUGAAGCAGAGGCAGUUGGAGGAGAAGGGCAUCGCUGUGGAGAAAGCUCUCAGAGGAGAAGCAGUUGAACCCUUUCUUGGUUCCCCUCGUAGAAGACCUGUCUCCCUCUGUCCUUGUUGUUCCUCCGAAGCUAGAGCCAAAGGCACAGAGCACGACCACUCUGUCUACGUCUGUACGGUCUUUUUCCUUUAUGUAGUGCACGAGCCUCCGCUCCACCAGCUAAGGAUGGGGAAGAAGGAUGACCCCAGCCUGAUGCAGCAGUGGUUUAAACUGGUUCAGGAGAAGAACGCUCUGGUGCGCUACGAAUCUGAGCUCAUGAUUUUUGCGCGAGAGCUGGAACUGGAGGACAGGCAGAGUCGGCUGCAGCAGGAGCUGAGGGAGCGCAUGGCAGUGGAUGACCAUCUGAAGGGGGAGGAGGAGUUGGAGGAGGAGAAACGUAUCCUGGGGGAGAUGCUGGAUGUGGUAGAACAGAGGGAUGCUCUUGUAGCUCUCCUGGAGGAGCAGAGAGUGAGGGAGAGAGAGGAGGACAGCGACCUGGAGGCGGUCAUGCUGUCCAAGGGCUUCAGCCUGCACUGGGCCUGACGCACAAACACCCACACAUCUUGGUUUUAAUAGGAGUGAGCUGCCCCAUGUUUGCUUGGGGCUAUACUUGUGAAGUGUUCUAUACUGUCUGAGGCUUUGGCAACUGCACAAUGUAAAUAGUGUAUCUAUAUUCAGAGAGAGAGAGAGACCACCAUAAAAGAAUACGUCUCUCAAAUAAGCUGAAGGGCCAAAUAAAACUCCUGUAGAAACUGAAUGGAGAUGCCUUGCUGCCAAAUAGUAUUCUGCUAACUGAGCUAUGUUACUAUGCAUAUGUACACCUUAAACUUCUGCUUUUUUUAUUGUCUUAUUUUUUAUGUCUUUAUUUUAAGGAGAACCAAUGCAGCUAUAUUUGAGUAUAUUUUUGUUGUGCUUUUCAGAGAGAAUGACGUAGACAGGAAUCAAGCCAUUGUCAGUGCGCAGGAAUGUGGAUUGUAAAAUCUAAUUUAUGCAUUAUAGGCCUGUUGUUUUGAGCUGUGCUUGAAGAACUGAAACCGAUUCAUGGCAAACUGAUGUACAGGAGCCUUCCAGAGUUACUGUCAUCCUUUGAAAGAUGAGCUAAAGAGGCUAAUUUAAAAUGUUUUUGUUGUUUAUCAGCUUGAUUUUUUGAAAGAAAGCUAACAUCUGAGUGAGGUAAAAUUAUUACAUUUAAA